UGCUCAAGCCGCGUGAGAUUUAAUUAUCUCGAUAUAGAGCUGUAAAAGUUAGCCGUUAAAAUGUCGGUUUUUCACGACGAAGUCGAAAUCGAGGACUUUGAAUACGACGAAGAAACAGAAACGUAUUACUUCCCGUGUCCGUGUGGAGACAGGUUUGCUAUCACUAAGGAGGAUUUGGAGAAUGGUGAGGAAGUGGCCACUUGUCCGAGCUGCUCGCUGAUUGUUAAAGUAAUUUAUGACAAGGAGCAGUUUAUGUGUGGGGAAGUCAUUGAUGCACCACUUGCAUCCGAAACAAAACUGGAAGUGGCUCAGAGAUGACAGCUCACCAGAUCUAAACCUAUGCCUAAAAGUUGUUACUGUGUAAUGAACAAUGGACCUGAAACACUGAAUCGUAGAACCAUUGUGGAAGGAACAAUCCUUCUCUUCUCAUGGACUCUUGACACUUGCAACAGCAGCAUUUUGCACAUGGACUGUUAGUUUUAGGAAUGUUAUAAACAUAUUUAUUUUAGUAAUAUGUUGUGCUUUUUUUUGUUGUUUGAAUGGAUUGUUUAAAAUCAGGAGCAUUUGAACCUUGCUGAGUGGUGUUCAGACAGAAGGGGGUGCUGCUAGAUUAUGAGUAAAAUCUGACUAUUUGUGGAUUGGUGGUGAAGUUAACGAACACAUGGAUUAUUCUAAUUAAACAGGUUUAGGUGGCAAUAGUGUGUGUGUUUAAGAAACAAACAAAAAUGUUAGGAUGGUAUGAAAACAUUACACCAAACACUAGGCAUGACCUAAGCAGACAUUGGUUUGACCAUUUAAAAUAUAUAUAUAUAAACCCCAUUAAUGAAACUGAAAAUAAUCAGAAUGUUGAAAGUUUUACACAAUUGCGUAAUGGUUGCAUUACCACAUGAUAAUGACAAGACAUUAAGAGCAGUUUGCCUGAGCUCCGGUUACUGUCUGUGUGAGACAGCUUCUCAGAUGGAUGGAUGGAUUUGCUAUGAUAAGUUGCUUCCAAGUGUGAAUGUGUAUGUAUGAUUUCAUGAGAAGGAGUGAUGCCAUACAGUUGUAUUCCUGCCUUGCUCGUAGUGUUCCCGGACUAUACAUUCAGUUCAAACCAAUUUUAUUUGUAUAGCAACUUUUACAAUGGUCAAAGCAGCUUUACAAAAUCAAAGGAAAAUUAUGGAAACGUGUACUGUAUGAAAUGUGAAAAGAAUGUGUAAACUGUGAUUAAGAGGAUGGACCUUUUUAGUGGGUCUGUUUUAUUAUGAGGGAUGUUCAAGUCAAACCGGCUUUUAAUUGUGCAGAAUAACAGAAAACAGAUAUGAAAUCAAAAGCUACCUUAAUUUCUUGAUCUAAUCCCCUGCUACACUAAGGGUACACCGGAGCCAUGAUUAGAUUCCUGCUUCACACCAAUAGUGGCCCAAACAUGUGGAAAUGGCUCGGACGGAGCUCAGUACUGUAUGGGGAUGAGAGAAUAAUAACAAUGUUCAUGUGUUCAGUUUCCACAGACAGAUGUGUCUCUUCUUUGAGUUGAUUUUCAAAAAUCAGUUGUUCCAUGUUUACGGUAGUGACCAGUGGGGUCAGAGCCACCUCGGUUGGGAUCGUCAUUCACGAGUGUAUAGUCUUCUUUAAAAACAUUUGCACCAUUCAGACGUUUUACUGCAGCUUUGAGUCUUAUCAUUGUACUGUGCUGGAAGUCUUCUGUAAAUGUCAAUCGGAAAAGUCCCGUUUUGACUUGAAUGUCCCUCAUAUUAACAUUUACCAACAAAUAUUUCCUUUUAGUAUUGACUGUGGGGAUGACCACUAUAUUUUGAUCCAAAUACUUUUCUAAUACUAAACCAUCAAAUCAAAAACAAGUAAAACGUUACUGAAAAAAGUUCUUUAAUAAUUUCUGUUUCACAACUCAGGAGCUUCUUUGUUGCAUAUUUUUCCAAAUGUUAUUAGCACGCCUGGCAGUGUAACAGAAACUCUCAGUCUUCAUGACUCAACUCUGAAUAAUGCUGCUA